AAUGUUGCAGUGGUGAGAAACCGGCACUUCCCCGACCGCCACCUGGACUGAUCUAGAGGAAGAUGGAGGAGCGCGGGCUGUCACUGUGGAUCUACGUAGGAGUGCUGGCCCUGAUGCUGAUGGGGGCUUUGCAGAGGGUUCUGCCCCUGCACCUCAGCAGCUGGCCUGCCCUGGUGGCCAGGCUCUGGGCCUCUGUGCUGAUGGAGUGGCUGGGGGCCUUCUGGACGGCAGCCCUGCUGAUCUUCUCUCUGGCCCUGGGGCUGGCCUGGUGGCUCCGCUCAGCCCGGGUCUCAGGGGUCGCCCUCCUGGCCCCCGAGGGCAGGGCCGUCUGCAUCACAGGCUGCGACAGCGGCUUUGGGGAGGCUUCAGCCAAGCGUCUGGACGCGCUGGGGUUCAAGGUGUUUGCUACGGUGAUGGACCUGUCAGGGGAAGGGGCCAUGGAGCUGAGAAGUGCGUGUUCCUCCAGGCUGAGCCUGCUGCAGGUGGACAUCACUCGCCCUGAACAGGUCCAACAGAUGCUGCUGGCCAUCAAGACAGAGCUGGGCCUGAAAGGUCUAUGGGGUUUAGUAAACAAUGCAGGAGUGUGUGUGAACUUUGGGGAUGCAGAGCUUUCCCUGAUGUCAACGUACCGCCGCUGCAUGGAGGUCAACUUCUUCGGCAGUCUGAGCGUCACUAAGACCCUCCUCCCUCUCCUCCGCCGGAGCAGGGGCCGCAUCGUGACCGUAUCUAGCCCUGCAGGGGAUCAGCCCUUCCCCUGUCUAGCAGCUUACGGUGCGUCUAAAGCAGCACUCAACCUCUUAACUAACACCCUCCGCCAUGAGCUGGAGCCCUGGGGGGUCCAAGUGUCCACCAUCCUGCCUUCCUCAUAUAGGACAGGUCAGUCGGGUAACGAGCUCUACUGGGGGAGGCAGCAGGACCACCUUCUCCUCAACCUCGGUCCCGCUCUGCUGGAGGAAUACGGGCAGGACUACUUGGCCGAGACAAGAGAGCUGUUCCAGGAACAUGCGAGGAAUGCUGCGGAGGACCUGAGCCCUGUGGUGAAUGCCAUCGUCCAGGCUCUGCUCUCCCCUCAGCCCCGCGUGCGCUACUACGCUGGGCCUGGAGUGGGCUUCAUGUACUUCCUCUCUAGCUACCUUCCAUACAGCGUCAGUGACACAUUCCUCCAGAAACUGUUUGUUAAGAAGAAGUUGAUGCCUCAGGCUCUUAGGAGGCACCCAGGGCUUGGUCUACAAGCCGGUGUCAACAACAACAACAACAAUGAGGAGAAAUCAGAACAGUAGCCUGUUUGCCAGUUUGGCAUCAUCCAGAAAGUGGAGGGAAUUGAUGGGUUGCUGAAAGGAUCAUGGAAAUGUUUGUUUUGCUGUAGUGAUACUGUCCCUAUUACAACCAUCUCUUGAAUCACCGGGACAUGUACAGACAGACUUAUAAUAUUGUUAGCCCUAACCCACCCAGCAUGAAAACACUGGCAUGUGUAAAUAUAUCUGACAAUAAAGAUAUGUCGAUGUGGGUAUAAUGUGCCUUGAAAUAUAGAUCAUAUUCACAUUUCCGCCCAUUUAUUUGAUAACAUAGAUGAUUCUUUUUUUUACUUAUUCACACAUUAAGCACUUUGCAGGCCUACGCUAUUAUUAUUAUUACUAUUACUAUUAUUAUAUGUAUUAUUGUUUUUUCUUAUUAUUCUCCUUGUUAUUUUUGUUGUUCAUCGUCGUAUUCAUAUUUGCAAGUGGUUAAUGGCGACUGCAAUUAUUAAAUCACAAAAUCUGAAUUUAGAACCCUGUUUUGCGACGAUUGUAUAUACUUCUGUAGUCCGGUGUCCGGGUAGGUUGGGUUGGUUUUUGGGGGGGUAAUCAAUCAAACUAGACUAUUUAAACCUCAGCUGUUGUAAAGCCGUGAGAUUUCUCCCUCACUUAAACUGUGAAUUUUUAAAUAUAUAUGAUUUGACUAAAUGUGAUGUUCCCAAAUAUUCCCUUGUUCAUGUCCCUACAUUAUUUGAUUAAAGUGACUUUUGUUUGUACAAUA